CCCCAUUUUCCAGCUGUCCCUCAAUCGGUCGGGAUUUCGGAACCAACGGGAGGAUCGCCGGAGAGGGAUUUGGUGAUAAAAACAGCUCAUUCUGGGAGAAGAUACAACAUUAUAUGGCCACAUAAAUACACAACGAGCUACUUUAUCCAGCAUUUCACAAUGGAAAGUGAACUAUGAGGUGUCGUGUAGUGCAGAAGACUGAGUGAACCAUGGCACAGUUCCCCACCACAUUCACAGGUCCAGAUGUGUUUCUGAUCUCAGUGGAUGAGAGAGCCAAAUAUGAUCAGCAGUUUCACAGCCUCUCUCCGACUGCCGGGGGUUACAUCACAGGUGACCAAGCCAGGAACUUCUUCCUUCAAUCAGGACUGCCCCCUCCCAUCCUGGCCCAAAUCUGGGCUCUGGCGGAUAUGAACAGUGAUGGUCGUAUGGACAUCCACGAGUUCUCCAUCGCCAUGAAACUCAUCAAACUUAAACUCCAGGGUCACCCUUUGCCUUCCACGCUUCCUCCCAGUAUGAAACAACCCCCACUGCCUUUACCCCCGCAGACCGGCUUUGGCUUGCCCUCUAUAGCUCCCAUCGCAGCUCCUCUUUCAGGCAUGCCUCCGCUCCCUCUGCCUCCUCUCCCUGUCGGAGUUUCUCCCCCGCUUAUCUCGUCUGCCCCACCUCCUCUCCCCCAGCCCAUCGCCAACGGCGCUCCUCCCACAGGCAUGAUGCAGCCCAUCUCAGGCUUCUCCCACCCAGCUCCCUCUGUCAACAAGUCGUCUUCGUUUAAUCGUUCCAGUACCAAGUUACAGAAGGGGCCAUCCUUGGACGCUGCUAGUGUUCUGCCCCCCCCUGAUUGGGCCGUUCCUCAGUCCUCCAGGCUGAAGUACAGACAGCUUUUUAACUCCCAUGACAAGAUGAUGAGUGGUCACCUCACAGGUCCCCAGGCUCGCACUAUCCUAAUGCAGUCCAGCCUUCCUCAGGGCCAGCUGGCCACAAUAUGGAGUCUGUCAGAUAUCGACCAGGAUGGAAAGCUAACAGCUGAGGAGUUUAUCUUAGCCAUGCACCUCAUAGAUAUGGCGAUGUCAGGGUUACCGCUACCCCCUGUGUUACCACCAGAUUACCUCCCACCCACAUUCAGGCGCGUUCGGAGUGACAGUGUUCAGUCGGACCAGAAGAGUGUCCAGGAGGAGGCGGAGGAGGAGACGGAGAGCAGCCAGGAGAAGAAACUACCAGUGACGUUUGAGGAUAAGAAAAGGGAAAACUUUGAGCGAGGAAACCUGGAGUUGGAGAAGAGACGUCAGGCUCUGCAAGAGCAGCAGAGGAAAGAGCAGGAGAGGCUGGCUGCACUGGAGAGAGAGGAACAGGAGAGAAAGGAGCGUGAGCGUCUUGAGCAGGAGAGGAGAAGACAAUAUGAACUAGAAAAACAACUGGAGAGACAGAGAGAGCUGGAGAGGCAGAGAGAAGAGGAGAGACGCAAAGAGAUAGAGAGGAGAGAGGCUGCUAAGCGUGAAUUAGAGCGUCAGCGUCAGUUGGAGUGGGAGCGCCAACGUCGCCAGGAGCUUCUGACUCAAAGAAACCGAGAGCAGGAAAGUAUAGUGCUGCUCAAAGCCAGGAAGAAGACCUUGGAGUUUGAACUGGAGGCCUUGAAUGAUAAAAAGUCCCAGUUGGAGGGCAAACUGAAGGAUGUUCGGUUUCGUCUGACGGCUCAGCGGAGAGAGGUGGAGCAGACUAAUCAGACCAGAGAAACACGCAUUGCUGAAAUCACCUUGCUACAACAGCAGCUGCAGGACUCCCAGCAGUGGUUGGGGAGGCUAAUUCCUGAUAAACAGAGUCUCAACGACCAGCUGAAACAGGUUCAACAGAACAGUCUGCAUCGUGAUAGUCUGUCGUCCCUGCAGAAGGCUGUGGAGCAGAAGGAGAGCAGCAGACAGCAGCUCAGAGAACAGCUAGAUGCUGUGGAGAGAGAGACGAGGGCCAAACUGCUGGAAAUUGAUGCUUUCAACACACAGCUGAAGGAGCUGAGGGAGAUCCACAGCCGGCAGCAGAGACAGAAACAGAGGGAGCUGGAAGGAGACACACACACACUGACACACACACACUCGCACAUGCACACGCCGAUCGAGAGAAAGUCUGCCGAACUGCAGGAGAGCAGGUUGUCUUCAGAAGAGGGCGUGGCAUGGAGGGAUGAAGCAGGAAGCUCGGCCCCCAUAGCUCCUAGCCCCCCAUCUGUCUCAGCGCCCCAUGUGUGGCUAAACAGAGUGACUCAGGAAGAGGAGGAGAGGAAGAGGAGAGGGAUGGAGGAGGAGGAGGAGGAGGAAGGGGGCCGGAAGGGAGCAGGAUCUGUAGAAGAGAAUGAGGAUGAGGGUAGAGGCAAGAAGGACAUGCACGAGAAACUGAACAAGCUGUUCAGUCAGCCAACCGACCCCUGGGCUUCAACAGCGGAAAAGGCUCCGGGACCCAGUUUGUUUGACCAGAAGGCUCCGGGACCCAGUUUGUUUGACCCGAAGGCACCAGUCGGCGGCUUCGACCCGAAGGCACCAGUCGGCGGCUUCGACCAAAAGACACCAGUCAGUAGCUUCGACCAACAGCAGCCGCCAGUGAAAGUGGUCUACUACAGGGCUGUAUAUCCAUUUGAUGCUCGUAGCCACGAUGAGAUCAGCAUUGCUCCCGGAGAUGUACUGAUGGUGGAUGAAUCUCAAACAGGUGAACCCGGUUGGCUGGGAGGAGAGCUCAGGGGGCGAACUGGUUGGUUUCCAGCCAAUUACGCUGAGCGGAUACCCGACAGCGAAGCACCAAUCAGCUUGCGUGCAACAGCCUCAGCUACACCCAACUCAGCCCAACAGCCAAUAUCCACGCCUCCCCCAGCACCCGGACAGUCCUCCUCCUCCACCUCCUCCGCCAACAGUAACUGGGCCGACUUUAGCACCACCUGGCCGUCCAACACAGCCAAUCAAUCAGACAGCGAGGGGUGGGACGCAUGGCCGACCUCUUCAACGAGUCAGAAUCCUUCGCUCAGUGUCCCCUCGGCGCAGCUACGACAGCGCUCCGCCUUCACACCUGCUACGAUGACGACGGGCUCCUCUCCGUCUCCUGUGCUGGGACAGGGGGAGAAGGUUGAAGGUCUUCAAGCUCAGGCCUUGUAUCCCUGGAGAGCGAAGAAGGACAACCACCUCAACUUCAACAAAAACGAGAUAAUAACAGUGUUGGAGCAGCAGGACAUGUGGUGGUUAGGUGAACUGCAGACCGGACAGAGAGGCUGGUUCCCCAAAAGUUAUGUCAAGCUCAUCUCCGCCACCAUGACGCCCCCGCCUGGCGCCACACCACGCAGCAAAAACACCAGUGAAUCUGUGUCAGAGAGCCCACCCAAUGGAAAACGCCCCUCCCCUUCCCCAACGAAACCUUCGGAGUCUGGAGAAGAGUACGUGGCCAUGUACACCUACGAGAGCAGCGAACAGGGGGACCUGAGUUUCCAGCAGGGAGAUAUUGUCAUGGUGACCAGGAAAGAAGGGGAUUGGUGGACGGGUAUGGUCGGGGGCAAGACCGGAGUCUUCCCUUCCAAUUAUGUCAAACCACGAGACUCAGCCUCAGAGUCUUUGGGACCAGCAGGGAAGACGGGCAGUCUGGGAAAGAAACCAGAGAUCGCUCAGGUGAUCGCCCCCUACAGUGCUACAGGAGCAGAGCAGCUGACGUUAGCUCCAGGACAGCUCAUCCUCAUCAGAAAAAAGAAUCCAGGGGGCUGGUGGGAGGGUGAGCUCCAGGCGCGGGGGAAAAAGCGCCAGAUAGGUUGGUUUCCGGCCAACUAUGUGAAGCUGCUCAGUCCCAGCACCAGCAAGACGACGCCCACGGAGCCCACCCCUCCUAAACUGGCUCCUGCCAGCACAGCUGUGUGUCAGGUGAUCGGCAUGUACGACUACGUGGCCCAGAAUGACGACGAGCUGGCCUUCCUGAAGGGUCAGGUGAUCACAGUGCUCAGCAAGGACGACUGUGAUUGGUGGAAAGGAGAGCUCAACGGGAGGGAGGGUCUGUUUCCCAGCAACUACGUCAAACUCACCACGGAUACUGACCCGAGCACGCAGUGGUGCGCUGACCUCCAUCUGCUGGACAUGCUGAGUCCCAUGGAGAGGAAGAGGCAGGGAUACAUCCACGAGCUGAUCGUCACUGAGGAGAACUACGUCAACGAUCUGCAGCUCGUCACAGAGAUCUUUCACAAGCCUCUCCUGGAGUGCGAGUUGCUGACGGAGAAGGAAGUGGCCAUGAUCUUUGUCAACUGGAAGGAGCUUAUCAUGUGCAACAUCAAGCUGCUCAAGGCUCUGAGAGUGAGGAAGAAGAUGUCAGGUGAUCGGAUGCCUGUGAAGAUGAUUGGUGACAUCCUGACCAACCAGCUGCCUCACAUGCAGCCAUACAUCAGGUUCUGUUCGUGUCAGCUGAACGGAGCCACUCUGAUUCAGCAGAAGACGGACGACAACCCUGAGAUCAAAGACUUCCUGAAGAGGUUAGCCAUGGAUCCCAGGUGUAAGGGAAUGCCUCUGUCCAGCUUCCUGCUCAAACCUAUGCAGAGAGUUACUCGCUACCCGCUCAUCAUCAAGAACAUCAUAGAAAAUACUCCAGAGUCACAUCCAGACCACAGCCAUCUGAAAGCUGCUCUGGAGAAAGCAGAGGAGCUGUGCUCUCAGGUGAAUGAGGGCGUCAGGGAGAAGGAGAACUCUGAUCGUCUGGAGUGGAUUCAGGCUCACGUCCAGUGCGAAGGCCUGUCUGAGCAACUGGUGUUUAACUCCGUCACCAACUGUCUGGGUCCCAGGAAGUUCCUCCACAGCGGGAAACUGUUUAAAGCCAAGAGCAGCAAAGAGCUCUACGGCUUCCUGUUCAAUGACUUCCUGCUGCUGACACAGGUGACCAAACCUCUGGGCUCGUCAGGUUCGGACAAAGUCUUCUCCUCGAAAACACACCUGCAGUACCGCAUGUACAAGACGCCAAUCUUCUUAAAUGAAGUGUUAGUGAAGCUGCCGACGGACCCGUCAGGAGAUGAGCCUCUGUUCCACAUCUCUCACAUAGACCGAGUUUACACACUCCGAGCAGAAAGUAUCAAUGAAAGGACGGCGUGGGUUCAGAAAAUUAAGGCAGCUUCAGAACUUUUCAUUGAGACAGAGAAGAAGAAGAGAGAGAAGGCGUAUCUAGUGCGUUCUCAGAGGGCCACAGGUAUUGGUCGACUGAUGGUCAACAUUGUGGAGGGAAUCGAGCUCAAACCCUGUCGCUCCCACGGAAAAAGUAACCCAUACUGUGAGGUAACCAUGGGUUCGCAGUGCCAUAUCACAAAAACAUUACAGGACACAUUGAAUCCAAAGUGGAACUCGAAUUGUCAGUUUUUUAUAAAGGACCUGGAACAGGACGUCCUCUGUGUCACUGUGUUUGAACGAGACCAGUUCUCGCCUGACGACUUCCUGGGCAGGACAGAGAUCCGGUUGGCUGAGAUAAAGAAGGACCAGGGCUCUAAAGGACCAAUCACGAAGCGGUUGCUGCUCCACGAAGUUCCCACAGGAGAGAUUGUGGUCAGGUUGGACCUCCAGCUGUUUGAAGAACCCUAAAACCUGGACAGGAUCCUACUGGACUGGAUUGGACCAAAAAGGAACUAAGAGAUACGAUGCGGAUCCGACAGUUGGGCCGGAUUAGACAGGACUGGAAGAUUCGACUGAUCUGGUUCGGUUUCUUAUUCUUUACAGGCUGUUUAUGUUUAAGGUGUUCAGUACAUUCAGCGGAGGGAAAGUAUCUGUUUACUUGCUUGUUAAAAUAAAAGAGAAAAUAAUAAUAUUUAGUAAAUUAGGAACAGCAAUGCUGGAUUGCCCGGGCCGAUUAAACUAGCCGCACCUAAAUCUGGAGUGCACACGUAUUCAAGCCUUUAUGGUAAAUCCACUGAAAGGUCCCAGAGCGUGCUGACAGGCAGGUUAUAGACUCACUUUGUCUCUUUACAAAGACGAGUGUUGCAGUAUGAGAGUCCUGCCUGAAGAGAGGCUGGGAAGUCCUCAUGUUACGCCGGACGAGAACCACAUACAACAUUAUUUAUCAAACUGGCUCGGACCUUGAUGAAUUUAGCACGAGGAGGAAACACAUGUGACAACGUCCGGUUUUCGAAAUAAGGUGUCUGUACAGGAUGAUGAAUAAGAUUAAUUGGAUUAUAUUCACAGAAAGUAUAAAAUUUAUUACAUGUGUCCAUUAAAAGUAAAUGGACACAUGUAAUUUACUUUACUGGACCCUCUCGGGCCUCGGACCCCCACCCCCCCCACCAUAGUCUUUCCAAAUCCUGUGGGAAACGCUGAGUAAAAAACACAUUUUGACUAUUUAAUUUAUGCAAAAAAAAAAAGCAAAAUAAAUGGAAAAAACAUAAUGGAAAAAAUCUGCAAUCUUUUCAUUACAUCUGGUUUCGGCUUCGGCCAAGAAGUUUCGGUGCAUCCCUGGUUUUUAUAUAAGCUCCGUAGGUUAUGUAAAUUCCGUAAGUAACAUUACUUAGUAAGUAACCCAAACCAUGAUCUUUACUUAAACUUAACCAAACUGCCACAUUUCACAAUGUUAAAAAGUAGUUUUAUUUUGAAAGUUUUAACAGGACGUUGCAUAUGUAUUGUUGCUAACUUGACCGAACAGAGACCUGAACAUCCCCAGGGUGUUAAAAAGCAACGCAAAAGGCGUCAUGACCAAGCGUCCAUAUGAUAAUCUGGGCUGGUUGGUUUCCGGGGCCCAAAAGCAAAGGGCCCCCCCUAAACAGUUUAAUCCAGCCUUAAGAAGGGAACAGUAUACAAAUAAAUUAGUAAAAACAUUGCUAACUAGCCUCGAUGCUACGUUCGAUUAUUUAAGUGGUGUCUCAUUGUGGACAUCUUACUUAGGAAUUAUACAACAUCGACAUGCUCAUUUAUCAUUUAAAACAGCCCUGCAGUCUGAACACAGACAGCAGGGGGCGAUGUGAGGAGUUUUCCAGUUUUAACCGGUCAGCACAAAGUAAAACGCUUUGAGCAUUUUAGUUGAUUUGCACCAGUAAACAGCAGUUCCACAUAAACGGUAAAUAAACGGAUUAUUUCAGCUUCAGACUACAUAUCAGAUUUCUGAGAUUAAAAUUCAGCCUAAAACCGGAUGUGUGCAGGUUAGCAUAAAUCACUGAAUGUCUUAAGCUCUUCAAAUGUAUAUCCACGGCCAAAAAUGUUUUACAUACGUCUUUUACGUCUUAAAUGUUGUGUUACAGGCCUUAAAAAUGCAAAUCCGUACUGCGACGAUUUUAAAGAUGAACACACCUUUUUUAACAAGCAGCUCCUAAAGGUGCACUUCUUAUAGCUAACAGGUAAAACAUGAAUUAUGUUGCACUAUCAGCCUGUUUCUGUUCCAGUCCAGUCUACUCCUGUCCUCCUUCAGUCUGGUCCAGCAUCACUAUUUAGUCUGAUAUGGUUCACUUUAAUCCAGUCCAGUCCUCUGGGAGAUAAGCCCGGUCCUUAUUGUUUUCUCUUCCUCUGCUUCAUCAGACAGUCUCACCGACACUUCAGUGACAAUCCCAGCCCUCCUUCUUAGUCCCAAAAAACCUGUGUCUGCGUGUGCGUGUGCGUGUGUGUGUGUGUUUCGAGAUGGGCAGGCUGAUUAAAGGUACGGUUCAGUGUACAUUUUUAUUUGUAUUUUUUUAUGUCAGUUCUUACAACUCUCUCUCUCUCUCUCUCUCUCUCUCUCUCUCUCUCUCUCUCUCUCUCUCUCUCUCUCUCUCUCUCUCCAGAGUCUCUUCAGGCUUUCAGAUUUUUAAGGUACAGCAUGUAAAGGGACCUUGCCGUUUUGAAUUUUCGGGUCUGCUUUGACCUUCACUGAACACUUGCCACAUUAUCUCAGAAAGUGCUAAAUAUGUACAGGUGUAAUGAGAAAUGCUAACGAUGCUAAUGAGCUGAAAAUACAGAAUGAUUUUACCCCACUAUAUGGCAAGUGUCCAGUGUAAAUAAACAUUUCAAGACUUCAUAAUAAUGUAUCAAUCAUAAUAAUGCUGGUAAUAAUAUGGCUGGGCACCCAGGACUGUCAUAGUGUGACAGCUAAUUUAAAUUAAGGGUACUGUAAAGAAGAAUGUCUUAAUUUGUCUUUUUAUUUUGUGUAUUAUGUUGGACGCUAACGGGGGGGGGGUCAUAGUUCUAUGCGAUUUAUGUCACACAUCUAACCUCUGUUGUUAUGUUGCUGCUGUGUGGAGCUGUCACAGUGGCAGUCACUAUGCAGGGGACAACAAACCCUGAAAAAAAUCAGGGGGCCCAGAGCUGGAAAGGGGCCCCUUUGAACUUGCUUGGCUACUGCAGACGUGUAAUAUAGACGUGUUUUAUAGGUACAGACUUUUAGAUCAUUUCCACACUCUCUGACCCUGAGGAAGCUCAGUGUAGAAACAAAUGUUACUGUGCGUCAGCACUCCCAGCACUUUUAAAACACACACUGUCGCACAUAGUGGCCAUUUUGAAUAGGAAAGUUAAAGGAAACAAACUUUUAAAGUGUAAGACUGGUGUUAUUCUUUAUUUUUAUUACUCUUAACAAAUCCCACGAAAGACCAAAACAAACAACUUGUUAGUCAACAAAAAAAUGGCUCACGGAUAUAUAGUUUUUCUUGUACUGUAGUUUUAAGCAAACAUUACUCGAACAGGAGGAAAUGGUACAUUUGUUUGGGACUAAGUUCAGCUGUGGAUGAAUCCACAUGUGGUGCUCUAGUGAGUAUUUGGGGCAGCAGGACGGUGUGUGUGGGACUGAGUCAGAAUGAACUACAGUGUGUGUUCAUGGUGAACAUGUCACCCAGUGCAACAGUGAGGCUCACUAGUGUGUUUUAAUAGUUUUUGGACGACAGUGGAGCUUUAUGGCUCAGAGGCUUUAAACAGAUCAACUUAUUGUCGUUUUGGGUGUUUUUGUGGGAUUUGAUGACAUGAAAUGAUAUGAAAAUAUAGAAUAUAAUCAGCCCUGUCCUUUAAAGCUAUCAUAUUGUCAUAUAGACUGUAUUUUGGGAACAUCAGCUAUAAUAGCUGCUUAAAAUUAGCACGGACAUUGGCUAGCUAGUUAGCUAUAACCUGCUAUAAGCUGAACUGCAGCAGCUUUAAAGUGGUCAGCUUAUUGUCACGAAUUUAACGACCUAGUUUUGAAGCAUAUCAGUCACUUCAUUUCCUUUGUGGAAAAACACAAACACAGGAGUUACUUUGAAAGCAGCGUUGACCUUCUUUCCGAGCCUGAGCAUUCAAAAUGGCCGCUGCAUUAGCCAGUCGGACAGUUAGCGUUGCCAGUUCGUCCGCUCAGUCGAGUUGUAGAUAUGUUAGUUAGCUAGCCACUGGGCCAGUUAGUAAAUGUAUUGAGUAAUUUUAAUUGAAUGCCACGGUUACUGAAUUACCACUGAGACGACCAAUACUUACCUUAGUGACCAGCCACUGUCCAAUCAGGAGUCGCUCAGCCAGCUGCAGCAGCUUGACUGUGGAGGAAGGUGUGAACGAAUGUCUGUGUCUCCACAGACGGAAGCUGAUAAUGAUGAUAAUGAAUGAUGAUCAAUAUGUCUUACAUCCCUGUACUGCCCCCCCACCGCCCUGCACACUGUCCUGAAACUAAUCUAAUCCAGUUUGAACCCGUUCUUACUGUCGACCUUCCAGGUUGUGUAUAAUACUACUGCUAUCUGAGAGUUAAUAUAUGAGCGCUACGGGGCGAUAGAGGCAGCCUGCUGUUAAUUAUCACUGUAGAAGAAGAUGUACGUUGUUGUCUUUCAAUGUUCAGAAUAAACUUCAGUUGGACCAAGA